AAUUUCAGGCGAGGAAAGGCGCAUCUCAAACGAGCCUAAUCUUGCACCCUGUCCGUCGGGUUCUGCAGUGAGGAGCUACUGGAGAGAGCUAUUUGUGAGCAAAGCGUUUUUAUGAACGGCUCUGGCGGUACAUUUAAGUUGUUCGCCUAUCGGUCUGCGCAGCGCUGCAUCAAGUCACGGCUUUUGCGUGGUCAAAGGAUACCCGCCCCCACCCUUAAGCCCAGCCCCACAACAAUAACCACCCCCAGAGUUAGCUGUCCCGUUACGUAUUAUAAGCGUCUCCUGCAGUAAGUCCUCUGACGAUUAUCUGCGCAAUAUCAACCGUGAAUAACUCAAAGAUAUCUCCUACAAUGGAAGAUGGCCGAGAAACAUCUGCGAUGAGAAACCAGAAGAGAAAGGAACGACAAAUAGCUUUGGAGAACACAGAUGAUGACAUUGGCGUGUGUGGAUGGAUCCUGGUGGUGUUUUCUAUUCUGCUCACGCUGAUGACUCUGCCUAUCUCCAUAUGGAUGUGCAUUAAGAUAGUUAAGGAGUAUGAAAGGGCGAUCAUCUUUCGUCUGGGACGCAUUUUACGAGGAGGUGCCAAAGGACCAGGCCUUUUCUUAAUCCUGCCCUGCACAGACAGCUUUAUAAAUGUGGACAUGCGCACCAUUACUUUUGAUAUCCCCCCUCAGGAGGUGCUGACAAAAGACUCGGUGACAGUGUGUGUAGAUGGUGUGGUCUAUUACCGUGUGAAUAACGCUACGCUUGCGGUCGCUAACAUCACCAAUGCUGAUGCUGCCACUCGCCUGUUGGCACAGACCACUCUGAGGAAUGUGCUGGGCACAAAAAACCUGUCAGAGAUCCUGUCAGACAGAGAGGAAAUUGCCCACAGUAUGCAGUCCUCUCUGGAUGAUGCUACAGAUGACUGGGGUAUUAAAGUGGAACGUGUGGAGAUCAAGGAUGUCAAACUGCCCUUGCAACUCCAGAGAGCCAUGGCAGCCGAAGCUGAAGCGACCAGAGAAGCCAGAGCUAAGGUAAUAGCAGCUGAGGGUGAAAUGAAUGCAUCAAGGGCGCUGAAGGAGGCAUCUCUGGUGAUCGCUGAGUCUCCCUCAGCCUUGCAGCUCCGCUACCUCCAGACCCUCAACACAAUUGCAGCAGAGAAGAACUCCACCAUCAUCUUCCCACUGCCCAUUGACAUUAUGCAGUCUUUUAUGAAGCACUGAGGAUACAGCAACACGUACAGAUGUAUCCAUGCAGAAGUGAGCAGACCAACGUUAGAUGCCAUGCACUUAUGUGCAUAUAAUAUACAUACAGGGGGGUCCAAAACUCUGAGACUGUUUGAAAAUGAGCUGUUUUUGUUUUUACUGUUCGUAGGUUUUCAUAGCAAUAUUCAUUUAUAGCAAAAUUGUCUUGAAAUCUUGAAGCUCAUCAUGAAAAGAUAUCAUCACAUGUUGCAUAAAUUCAAGCGCUCUCAUUAAAUCUAAAUACUGUAACGAAAUACUAAACUUUUGUGACAUUUAUAUGAAACUUUCUUUUUUUAACACUAGAAUCUGUAAUUAAAAAAAUUCAAUAUAGAAAAUUUGAAAUCAAAGCAUUUUUUUAAAUGGAUCUGUUAGAUUGGACCACACUAAAUAAACACUUCAUACACUCUUGUUCAGAUAAAGACCGUUUCAACAGCAACCACAUACAAUUUCUUUUUUAAACUUAUCUUCCAAUAGACAAGAAUCAAUAACUGUUGAGUAGCGUUAAUUCAAUUUAAUACAAUUCAUAUACAAAAAUAUUUUUUAUAAAUUAACAUGAAUAUAAAUUGUUAAAUUAUAACCAAACACAGGACAAUAGUUAACCUCAUGUGCGUCCGAUGAAACCGUUUAUAAUCUGAUGUAUGAUCUGUAAAUGUCUCAAGAAAAGAAUGAAAGGAACACGUAGCUUUUAUUUCUGGCUCACAUAUACAAGUUCAAAGAUCUUUGGUCAUGCAUUGAGGAGAAAUUACAACGAUACAAACCUUUUGGUUGAUCUUUUAUAGAACAUCUCUUGGUUUUAUGAACGUAUAUGUGGUUUCAUGCAAGCAUAACCUUAUCCAUCUUUUUGCCAAAUAGGUCAGCAAACAUUCAAGGGUAUAUUUAGAUAGUAUCCGUUUUCAAGAUAUCAGCUGACAUCAGCGCUUUAUUGUGCCUACCAGUUUUUCUUGCCGAGGACCUUUAUUAAUGCUGUCCAUCAAUAUAAAGCCUUAAGCCAUAUAUUUAGAUUGUUAGAACAAUAUUUACAGGUUUACACAAUGCUCUUUUUAAACCAGGGUCUAGCAUUUAUUUAAUUUGUUUAUGACUUCAUAUGCAUAUAUAAUCAGGAGUUAAGAUCUUAUUUCAUCCUUUCAGAUCGUUGUUUAGCUCACACUUUCAUAUGUUAUUUAAUCCUCAUAAUCACAAUGCAAUAGUUAAACAAUGAAGAUAGAACAGGUGCUUAUAAAAUGAGUGUAUUUGCUGCUUCAAUAUCAGAGGAUAGAAUUACACAUUCUGUUUAUUAAAGAUGUGAAUCUGGUUAAAUGAUUUCUGGUUAAAAAAAAAUGCAGUACAGGUUAAUCAGUCAUUUUUAUCAGUCUAUUACAAAUGUAUAUUCUGUAUUCAAUGUUUAAUUAAAUCUGUUUUUCUGUUCACUCACAUCAUAAUUUUGUAUUAAAACAUUGUUUUUCAAGGCUUCACCCAUUUGUGAGCAUAUCAUGUAGCAUAUUUAUUAAAUGUCCCAUUUCCUUUAGAAGAUUAAAUCAUAUAAUAUUAUUUCAAGACUUUUAAAAGCAUAAAUUCUUUACCAGAGUUAUUUUCUCAGAAUGCUGUUAUUAAGACUGUUUAAUAAAUCAUAAAAGAACACCCUGGACACUCAA